CUCCAUUUACAACACACAAAUCAAAGAAACCUAGCGGUUUAACUUCAAAUCCUUGACCAAAAAAAAAAACUUCAAAUCGCUCCUUCUUCUCUCCGUCGCGCACGAGCUCCUUCUUCUCCAUUCCUCGCCUACAGCUCCACCGCCGGCCACCCUAACCGCCGGAGCUACCUUCUCCUUCUUCUCCUCUUUUUUAAACAAAGCAAGCUCCGUGUCUUCGCAGAACAAAGCAAGCUCAAGCUCCACCACCGCCGCGCCUCUCUCUCUCCUUUUAUCCCCCUCAGUUGUGGCUCGCAUACCUUCGCGCAAGCCCUAGCUCUGUGGCGACCAAAAUCGGUUCCACCUCUCUCUUUCCCCCUGUUCGAACUGAUAGGGUGCGUGAACUAGGGUUUUGGUUUUGUGGCAGUGGUUGUUCAUCGGAGAGCCACUGGCGAUGCUCCUAUGCUCUUGUUGAAUGGCGAAGCUUGAAGCAAAGCUGGAAACGAUAGUUGACUCCGUUGGUAACUUCUUCUCUGGCAAAGACCAGCUUCCCUGGUGUGACCCUGAUAUCGUCGCUGUCAAAAUCGAAGUGGCGACUAUUCAAGGAGUAGGGAUCUUGUGGAGAGGUGCCUAAUAGUUGUGAGAAUAUCUUCUCUUCUGAACUCUUAUAUGGAGUUUAAGUUUCAACUAUGAGAAUAAUUCGACGAGAUUAAAGUUGAAAUCUCCAAAAGAUAGCAGUUAUCUCCCGAAUUUGCAGGUAAUCGUUACAAUUACUAUGCUUCCGAAGACACUUAUCUACCUCUUUAAUUAAACCUCCAUAAUCUGUCUCUAUCAACUAUCAACCCUUUCAAGAAACUCCCUGCUAUUGUUGAUGGAAGGUUCAAGCAAUUCGAGAGGUCUGGGAUGUUUUAAGCAAUGAAGAGGUGGUUGAGAUAGUAUCUUCGGCACCAACACGGUCAUCAGCUGCAAGGAUUCUGGUAGAUGCUGCAGCCCGGGAGUGGAAACUUAAGUAUCCGACUUCAAAGAUGAAUGAUUGCGCCGUGGUCUGCCUAUUUUUGGAUGGUAAAAUGGACACAGAAUUCGACUAUGACGAACAAGACUUCUCUUCUGCAACCCUUCAGAGCUAUCAUUCUAGCCAACUACUCUGAUAUCAUAUCAAUGUUCUGCAGUGCACAAUGUUUAAAUGCCCUAGGUGAUGAGUCUAAAUUGCUUCCUCUUUGGUGACAGGCAAAGAUGGUGUUUCUGAUAUUGUUUCUGCAGCAAAGGUUGCUGCAGUGGCACAUCCAUUAGCUGAAAAAGCUGAAGAGAUUGCUUCCAAUAUCAGUUACCAUGCUCAGUUCAGUCCUCAUUUUUCCCCUCUCAAGUUUGAGCUAGAGCAAGCUUACUAUGCCACUGCUGAGAGUGUUCGAGAUCGUCUCAUAAAGGUAAGAUUAUGAUGCACAAAUACUUCAUUUUUUUUUAUUCCUCAGUUUUCUAACUUUGGUUCUGUUGCCUCUUUCUUCUUUUUGCCUGUAUUUUGGUUACAAAUCAUAUUGAUCAUUUCAGGAGCAUCACAUUCGAACUGGUUGUGGUUCUGUGUCUGUUAUAGUGUAUGGGGAUCCUGAGAAACCAGCUCUGAUCACUUAUCCAGACCUAGCACUAAAGUGAUGUACAUAAAGAAUUAUUGAUUGUACUUUACUGUAUUUAUUACCAUGAAGUUAUGAAAUAUAAUUAAUCUGAUUUUGUGAAUUGAAAUUUUCUGUUUUGUACUUGCAUGUUAGUCUUUUUUAUUUUCUGAACUACAGAGUUAUUAGCCAACUAUCAUUACUUAUGUAUAUCUAAAAAGUGUAGCAAUUUUUAAACAAUGCAAGAAGAUCUAUUCAUGGUGAGGUUUGUAUUUGAAUGUUCUUCAAGAUUACUGUUGGAUCUUCUGAUUUAGCUUAUGAUACCCGGUGUUAUUUCCCUUUCUCCUCAAAUUUAUCUAUGAUAGGUUGCUGUAAAUUCUAUUUCGUACAAAAUUGGUGAUGAAUUAGAUUAUAUGCAAGUUACUUGCCCAUUGAGUGUAGCCAAAAUUGUGAGGUUGGGGCAGUGCUGGAUUCCUUUACAAAAUGAUGCAUUUAACUGGGUUGGGGAAUACUUCAGUCUUUCUUUCUAUUUGCUUGAAUUAUCUUAUACAACUUUGAAUUUAUGUUCUGAAUUUUUUUCACCUAUAUAGGUUGUACUUGCUGCAUCCAUUGUGGGCAAAUUUGGUAAAGUUCUGGUUUCUAGGCAGUUUGUUGAUAAUGUUGUGCAGAUAUGUGUACUAGAGUUCUGUGAAGACAGCUUACCUCUCCAAAUUUAUGUGAAGACAGAAAGUUAUGAGAAGACAGCUUACCUCUCCAAAUUUUCUGGAUAUGAAUUGUAGCAUUUCUCAAGGGGAAACAGUAACGAAUAUCCACCACUGGAAUGUUGGGCACACGAGUUUUCAAUACAAGACAUGGAGUGUUACCCUUCACUUCCUUUUUAUGAAACUCUCUCCAUUGAACCAAUUUCAACUAUUAAAGGUGAAAAUUGAUGGAGCAAACUCUAAGGGAAGAAGAUGCAGCUAACUGGGUUUACAGGGGUGAAGGAGCUAUUAAUCUUGUUCUUGCUUACAAUGGAUCAAUUAAGUGUAUCGGAUAUGAUGAGACCAAUUAAGUGUAUCGGCUACUAUUUUCAUUAUUUAAUCUUGAUUUCCUUAUCGGUGGUAAAGUAUACCUUCAAGCUAUUAUUUUCAUUAUUUAAUAAGUGGUAUCUUUUUGGUUGUAAAACUCUCCUGAUCGGAGUACUUCUGUGCAGUAAGAUAUAUCAUUAUAUUAUUACACAAAAGGAUGUUCACUUGUCAAGAUCAUCUCUAGGCUUAUUUUUGUUAAUUAGUUUAACUUGCUAUUUAUUAUAUCCUGAUCGGGUUGCACAUGCGGUUUUUUCUAUUUAUUAUAUUUACACAGUCCUUGAAAUUUCAGAAUUAGUAUAUUUAUGCCACACAAUUUUAUAUUAAAUUAGUUUGUAUAGAUACAAGUUGCACCAAUAAUGAAUUAUCAAUAUGCAGAGGGAAUGUAUCUUUUGAAAAUGGCACUGAUGGUUCAAUUGAAUGGAAAUUUUGCAAGUUCGGGUCUUUGUUUGGCUAUUGCCAUUGUUCAGUUGUACAUUUUUGUCUUUCUGAGCUGUUGAGUAAUAAUCCUGUUUAUGCAGACAAAUGAGCUCUAUCAGCUGGCGUCUGUUGCCUUCUGCUUGCUUGUAGCCUGAUAAGGCCUUAGAGCUUGGAAUCAUAAACAGCCGCCAUGAAGCCUUCAUCACUUCCAAACUUUGGUGCAACAAUGAUCACCAUGACCUUGUCCUUCCAGCUCUCAAGACCACACUCAAGAAACUUGGGUUGGACUAUUUAGACCUUUACUUGAUUCAUAUGCCAGUGAGGUUGAAAUCUGAAGUUGAUGGAGUUCUUGAAAUAGGAAAGGAUGAUUUGCUUCCCUUUGACAUAGAAGGAACAUGGGAAGCCAUGGAAGAGUGUCAAAGAUUAGGCUUAGCCAAAUUCAUUGGUGUAAGCAACUUUGGCAUAAAAAACUCACACAGCUCUUAGAAAAUGCAACUAUUCCUCCUUCUGUCAAUCAAGUGGAAAUGAGCUCAUCAUGGCAACAAGGGAAACUCAGAGAAUUUUGCAAGCAGAAAGGAAUCCAUUUGGCUGCAUGGUCACCGUUUUCUAGUAAAGUCACAGAUAUUGGCAUCCAUUUUCUAAAAGGGCUACAAAAUCUUGCUCUGUUAAAUUUGGAAGGCUGCUUUGUAACAGCUGCAUGCUUGGAUACUCUUGCAGAGCUUCCAGCCCUCUCGAACUUGAAUAUCAGUAGAUGCAAUUUUACUAACAAUGGAUGUGAAAUGUUUUCACGACUGGAAAAUUUGGAAGUGUUAAACUUGGGAUUUAAUGAAAUAUCAAAUCCAUGUUUAGGACACUUGAAAGGACUGACAAAGUUGAAGAGCUUGAACCUUGAUUCAUGCAGAAUUGAUGAUGAUGGAUUGGUCCACCUGGCAGGCCAUCAGCAAUUAAAAUGUCUGGAACUCUCUGAUACAGAAAUUGGAAGCAGUGGACUUCAACAUUUAUCAGGAAUGUAUAGUCUGGAGAAACUAAAUGUGUCAUUCACAAUGAUUAGUGAUAGUGGUUUAAGUGAAUUGUGUGGACUGUCAUCUCUCAAGUCACUCAAUUUGGAUGCUCGCCGUGUUACUGAUUAUGGACUCGCUACCCUUGCAAGUUUGUCCGGGCUUACUGACCUGGAUUUGUUUGGGGUACAGAUCACAGAUUUUGGAACAAACUACCUCAAAAACUUUAAGAGCUUGCAGUCGCUGGAAAUAUGCGGUGGAGGAUUGACUGAUGAUGGUGUGAAAAAUAUAAAAAAUCUUUCGUCUCUUAUGUUCUUGAACUUAUCACAAAACUCCAACCUCACAGACACUGCACUCCACUUAAUUUCGGGGCUUACUAGUUUGGUUUCUUUGAAUGUUUCAAAUUCGAGGAUCACGCGUGAUGGGCUGCAGCAUCUGAAAACACUACACAAGUUGAGGUCUUUGUCAAUGGAGUCAUGUGAGGUGACAACAAAUGACAUUAAGGAACUUAAAUCAAAAUAUCUCCCGAAUCUCCUAAGCUUUCGCCCUGAAGAGUGAAGACCAGUUUAGGAUUAUUAUGUCCUGAUUGUACGUACAUUUUACAAUGUUUGUUGACUUAUUGUUCGAGUCG